GUUUUGUCGGCAGGCCACUUCUUUUACACAUGGUUUCCCAGCCUAUAAAUCUCAGGAGGAUCAGCAUCCUUUAUCUCACAUGAUGAUGAUGAAUUCUGACAGGAUGACACACACAGUAGAAGUUUCAAACGAGAGGAGAGGGAAGUGAUGAUCUUUCUCGGGACAGAGUGACUGGAUACAGGAGUACAGGUGUUUCAGCAGUCUUUACAGGUUCUCCACAACGACAUAACGAUGACGGUCUCCUACACCCUAGAAGUGGCCAAUGCCAAGUUUGGAGGGUUUUCCAAGCUGCUCUUCAGGUGGAGGGGAAGCAUCUACAAGCUGUUGUAUAAAGAGUUCCUGGUGUUCUGUCUGCUGUACAGCUUCUUCAGUGUUUUCUACAGGUUCUUCCUCACUGAGAAACAACAGAUGUUGUUUGAAAAUGUCGCCCUUUACUGCGACCAGUUUACCAACUUUAUACCAAUGUCCUUUGUGUUGGGUUUCUAUGUAACCCUGGCGUUCAACCGUUGGUGGGGUCAGUACACCAGCUUCCCCCUGCCUGAUAACCUGAUGAUGGUGGUGUCAGGGAACGUCCACGGGCUCGACGAGAGGGGCCGGCUGCUCCGACGCACCCUCAUGAGAUAUGCUAACCUCUCCUCUGUCCUCAUCCUGCGAUCCAUCAGCACUAGAGUACGCAGGAGGUUCCCAACCAUGGAGCAGGUGGUGGAUGCAGGAUUUAUGACACCACUGGAGCAUCGCCAGCUGGAUGGUCUGUACUCUGACUUCAACAAGUACUGGAUGCCUCUGACGUGGUUCACUAACCUGGCAUCACGGGCCAGACAGGAGGGCCGGAUCAGAGACGACGUCGCUCUACGACUUCUCAUGGAUGAGCUGAAUAACUACAGAGGAAAGUGCAGCCUGCUGUUUCAUUAUGACUGGAUCAGUAUUCCUCUGGUCUACACUCAGGUAGUGACCCUGGCUGUGUACUCGUUCUUCGGCUUCUGUCUGAUCAGUCGGCAGUUCCUGAACCCUGAGAAGGGGUAUAAAGGUCACCAGCUGGAUUUGUACGUCCCUGUCUUCACCCUGCUUCAGUUCUUCUUCUAUGCCGGCUGGCUCAAGGUGGGGGAACUGAUCAUCAAUCCUUUCGGAGAGGACGAUGACGACUUUGAAACCAACCAACUAAUUGACCGAAAUAUUCAGGUGUCUAUGCUGGCUGUGGAUGACAUGCACCAGAACCUGCCCCCAACAGAGAAAGACAAGUUCUGGGUGGAGAGAUACUUCUCUGUCCCCUACUCUACUGCUACUGAGACCCUCAGACCUACCUUCAUGGGCUCAACAUAUGACAUAAGCUUUGAAUCUGGUCAGGCCGUCUCCAUGCCCUUUGUCUAUAAGGAUGAGUGUGGUGAUGUGGACGUGAAGGAUGUGUCUUUAGUGAGAGACAAACAGCUGAAGGUGUCUCAUCUUCAGACAGAACGGGGGGAGGGGCAGUUCAAGGUGGCUGUGGAACUCAUCCAAGCCAACGACAAUGAGCAGAGCUCUUGUUGAAAGAUCUGCGCAACUCGUUUAUGGGUUUUGUUGAUUUUGGGGGGGAUAAUUCAUGCAUUUUCCAUGCACCUGUGUGUCAAUGAUUGUGUGAAAUGUCUUCUACAAUCAUGUUUAGAUUGUUUGUAAUCCUGGUUAUUAAAAAAUGAUUUUGAAAAACAUUAAUUCUUAUUUUUAUAAAGAAUAUAAAAACCAUUCAAUUAAACAGCUGUGGCAGUGAUGCAUGACUUUUAACUUUGAAGCCUGAUUCCAUGAUAGAACAUUGUAGAUUGAUUUCAAGAACUAAAUUAGUUUAUCUACAUAAAUGAAUAUACUGUAGGUUGUGAACCAAUCUGCCAAGACUGACAUACGUGUGUAAGGAAUAAAGGUGUGAUUGUUUUUCAUAUUUCAUAUUUUUUUUGUUUUUGUAUUCUCUUGUAUUGUUUACUUUCUGGUGUAUUUCUUACGUAAUUGUGUUGUAUAAUUUGUAAGAUGCAGGGCUUUUUUGGUCUCAUUAGGACUGUUGAAAUAAAAAGCACUAAAAUGUC